AUGCGCUCGCCGUCGGGAGCCUUCGUCGUGGUGGGCAUCUCGGUGGUGCUGGUGGGCAUGACCAUUGCCGUGGUGGGCUACUGGCCCCACCGGGGACCCGGGGGCAACGGGACUGGCACGGGGAACACCAGCGUCACGGGGGACAUGAGGAGGGAGGUGGCUGCCGGGCGUCACGUGCCCCACAGCGAGAAGCUCAAGCUGAUCGGCCCCGUCAUCAUGGGCAUCGGGCUCUUCAUCUUCAUCUGCGCCAACACCAUGCUCUACGAGAACAGGGACAUGGAGACCCGCAGGCUGCUGCAGAAGGGGCUCUACUCCAUGGCAGCGGGUCUCCCCGAGGGGACCAGGCCCGAGGCCGAACCCCUCCUCUCCUCGGCCGUUGGCGCCUUGGCAUUGCCCGUCAUCAAGCUCAACAACUGCUUGCUGGACGCAGCGGCGCGGGGGGCUGGGAAGAGGGCGGAGGGGAACCCCACCGAGCCCCCCGCCGACGCUCCGUGGCUUUCCCAGGCUCCGCUCUCCGGCGUCAGCAUCGCACACCGUGGCCAGGACCAUGGUGGUGGUGGCCAUGUCAUCAUCAACGUGGAUGGCGGCUGUCCUGGCACGGAGCCGGCAGCGAUGGAGCUCAGCCUGGAUGCGCAGCUCCAUACCCCGGGACACUCCAAGUCCCUGGACCUCGGCCGACCAGGGGUGCUGCUGGUGGCCCCCAUCAAGGACCGUAAGAACCGGAGCUGGCCCCGGCUGGACCACGUCAGCCUGGUGGGUUACGCCAAACUGGAAAGCACUGGCGAGUCCUCGGACCGGCUGCUGGAGCCCAGGGAGCCCCCGAGCCAGGGUGAGCCCCGACCCAGCUCCUGGGCGGUGGGGAUGGAGCGGGGCGAGCGCGUCUGA